AUGUUCCAAGAGCACUACAAUGCUCUCUUCUCCAUGGACUUUGUGGAAACAAGAUACCCACAUUAUGACACAAUGAGGGCCCUUGUAAUCUUUGAGGAUGUGGAGUUGGUACUCAAGAACAUGCACUUGGCCAAAUUCUUCUGUCACCGCUUGGAGUCAUACAAAGAGCUCACUUGUGAGUUUUUGGCAUCGAUGAGGUAUCACCAGUAUGAUGAGCUCGAUCGAGCUGAGUUGGACCAAGGCUGGGGAUGGAUUACUUUCCUAGCUAAAGGAGAGAGGAAGAUGGUAACCUUCAGGCAGCUAGAGAUACUCUUUGGCUUCACUUAUGGGGAAGGAAACCUAUGGGAUAUCAAGGAGAAUGAGCUCCAACGAGUAUGGACUACAAUCGCUGAAGCAGGGUACUCUUCUUCAUGGUCCAAGGCUUCUCAAAUCAGGAGCCCAGUGCUGAGGUAUGUGCACAAGGCACUAGCCAACACUUUCUUUGCAAGGAAAGCCACUAGGACAAUCAAUGAAGGAGAAUUGAAACUCCUUGACAUGGGGAUUAAGCCUAUCAUCUCACGCACAAGGGAUGGGAAGAAAAUCAGAGGAGACAGGGCACACUCAGGAAACCUCAUGCCUCUCCUUGAGCAGCUACUCACCUACAAGACCACAGCAUACAACACUCGAUUUCAGCAAGGAAGAAAGCUAAGUGUUGGAGGAAUCAUUACACCAAUCCUUUGUGCGGCUGGGGUCCAAAUAAACAAGAAGAAGUCAACACCAGCUGGGUGGAUGGACAUCAAGUUUUGCAAGAUCAACCUUCUCAUAGAUUACAAGGAAUUGGAUGGGAGGUACCAAUUCAAGUUCACACAUCCAUGGCUGGCCCUUCCAAGCUGCUCUUCCCCAACUCUGAGCUCACAAACAGUCCUCAUGGGUGAGAACAUUGAUUUCAGACCCCCAUUGUAUAAAUUAGUUGGGCAUGAGGACGAGUUGCGAGAAGAGGAGCCUGAACUCGAUCGAGCUGAGUAUCGAGCUGAGGUUCAAGCUGAGGAUCGAGCCCAAGUGAAUGAGGAGUUAGGUGAGCCUGAGUGUUACUAUUUUGAGGAGUAUGAGGCUCCAAGGAUGAACCCCUCUGUUGUGGCUGCUCACAAGAGGAUUGGACUUCUCCAAAGGUUCAACAAGUGGCAAGGGAAAGCCAUGGACAAAAUGCAAAAGUCCAUGGACAAGAUGGUGAGCAAGAUCAAGAGUUUGGAGAAGAAGGUCUCUGGUUCUUCAAGCAAGAAGAAGAAGACACCCAUGACUCCUACAUUCCCUAGGAGUAGAUCUCUCCUCACCAUUCCAAGGAGGCUUCCUACCCAAGAGCCUCACAGAGCCUCUCAUUUGAGCCAAGGAAGAGGGACAACACACAGAGAAGGAGGAAGAGUUCCAAGGGACAAUGCUCCAACUCUAUCAGCGGACUCGAUCUAG